UUUGAAAAUUUUUUUUCUUCGUAUAAAUUAAAUUUUUAUCAUCGAUCGUUGUGACAGUAUUUGAAAGAAAAAAUGGGCGAUUCUAAACAAGAAGCCGCGGUUGAAGAACGUAUCAUUAAUGAAGAAUAUAAAAUAUGGAAAAAGAAUACACCAUUUCUUUAUGAUUUGGUUAUGACACAUGCAUUAGAAUGGCCAUCAUUAACAGCACAAUGGCUGCCUGAAGUACAAAGACCUACUGGUUUCGAUUAUAGUGUACAUAAGAUAAUACUUGGUACACAUACAUCGGAUGAACAAAAUCAUUUGGUUAUAGCUACGGUUCAAUUACCGAAUGAAGAUCAUAGUUUUGAUGCCAGUUAUUAUGAUAUCGAUACAAAUGAAUAUGGUGGCUUUGCAUCGGUUGCUGGUAAAAUUGAAAUCAUCCAAAAGAUUAAUCAUGAAGGUGAAGUUAAUCGUGCACGUUAUAUGCCACAAAAUUCCAAUGUUAUUGCAACGAAAACACCAUCAAGUGAUGUUUUGAUUUUUGAUUACACAAAACAUCCAAUUAAACCGGCUGAUAAAGCUUGUAAUCCCGAUCUACGAUUGAAAGGUCAUCAAAAAGAAGGCUAUGGUCUUUCAUGGAAUGCCAAUCUUAGUGGACAUCUAUUAUCGGCUUCGGAUGAUCAAACCAUUUGUUUAUGGGAUAUAAAUUCAAAUACCAGAUCGGAUAAAGUGAUUGAUGCAUUAUCUAUUUUUAAUGGUCAUACAUCGGUGGUUGAAGAUGUCGCAUGGCAUCUAUUACAUGAAUCAUUAUUUGGUUCAGUUUCUGAUGAUCAAACAUUGAUGAUUUGGGAUACACGAUCAAGAGAUACGAAUAAACCGGCACAAGUUGUCGAUGCUCAUCUGGCCGAAGUUAAUUGUUUAUCAUUCAAUCCAUUUUCGGAAUUCAUUUUGGCUACCGGUUCGGCUGAUAAAACCGUUGCACUUUGGGACUUGCGUAACAUUAAAGUCAAAUUGCAUACAUUUACAUCGCAUAAAGAUGAAAUAUUUCAAGUACAAUGGUCACCACAUAAUGAAACUAUACUUGCAUCAUCCGGUACUGAUCGUCGUUUGAAUAUCUGGGAUUUAAGCCGUAUCGGUGAAGAACAAACAAAUGAAGAUGCCGAAGACGGACCACCCGAACUUCUUUUCAUACAUGGUGGUCAUACAGCUAAAAUUUCUGAUUUUGCUUGGAAUCCAAGUGAUCCGUGGGUAAUUUGUUCUGUAUCAGAAGAUAAUAUUAUGCAAGUUUGGCAAAUGGCGGAAAAUAUUUAUACGGAAGAAGAGACAGAAGCCAAUCCAAAUGAUCUCGAAUAAUAUGAAUGAAGGAAUGAAAACCACAUUACAUACACAUCGGCAACAUUUAUUCAAUCCAUUUUCAACGUUGAUGUUUUACACACCCAUUUCUUUUUUCUUCUUAUGAACAACAUGAAACAUGAUGAUUUUUUCAUUAUUC